GUCAGAAUAUAGCGACGGGUCGGUCGGCGUCGAGGAUUCAGCUCAACAUCUCCUCCACAGACCUCAUACAACAAAAUUGCUCAACCCAAGUGGAGGAAGGAUGCACCGACUGUACGUCCUGCUUUGGACUCGGUUUCAUUGACAGUCCUGUUCGACGCGAGACAAUAUGCCCUAUCACUGUGUGGCCUAUGGAUGUGGCAAAACUUCAGAAGACGGUGUGACGUUGUAUAAAUUCCCCAAGGACCUUGAGGCGUUUGGCAAAUGGGAGAAGCAGGUCCAGCGCACCCGCUCCAAGUGGGUCGCCACACCCAACUCCCACCUCUGCAGCCAUCAUUUUGGCAAGGAGUACUUUGAGCCCAGACUUGCCACGGGGGCUCUGAAGCUGAAGCCGGGAGCUGCCCCGACAGUGUUUGUCCGUCCACUCUGCUCCUCCUGCAGUGGAGCUGGGUGUGGUAAAUGCCUGCCUGCUAUCCAACGCAAAGGCAUUACAGCUGAGCCACAGGAGCGCAACAUUAGUGCCGAACACAAUGAAUUAGCUCCCAGUUGUUCUGAGGGGGCGGGUGGAGGAGGUGACAAAGGAGAUCUGACAGGAGGAGAGAUAAAGAAAGGAGGCCAAAGCAAAUCGGACCGACCAGUUGUGUGUGAGAUGUGUGGCAUCCCCGGCACCUUCGGCACCUUCUUCUCGAAGAGCAAGCGCUUCUGCAGUUUAUCCUGCUCACGCUCUUAUUCAUCAAACUCCAAGAAGUCACACAUGGUGGCACGUCUGAAGGGUAGACCCCCAAACAAAAAACAGGCUGGGAUAAAAAAGGCCCCUCCAACCCCGACACAACUGAAUGGACUAUCAGGUUUUGAUUGGGGCACCUACUUGGAGAAGGAAACAUCCCUGGCUGCGUCUGUCUCCUGCUUCAGACACGUUCCACUCUGUGCCCAGUGGGACGAUGUCAUCUUAGGGAUGAAGGUGGAAGUCCUGAACACCAACGCUGUCCUGCCCAGUAAAGUCUACUGGAUCGCUACUGUUAUCCAGAUUGCAGGAUACAAAGCUCUGUUGAGAUAUGAAGGCUUUGAGCACGACAGCAGCCGCGACUUCUGGUGCAGCCUCGUCUCAGGAGAGCUGAAGCCGAUCGGAUGGUGCGCCAUGACGAGCAAGCUGCUGGUGCCACCUCAAGGUGUGAAGCACGACAUUUCAGACUGGAAAGAAUAUCUGAUGAAAAAGCUGGUGGGCGCCAACACUUUACCUGUUGAUUUCUACACAAAGCUGUCGGAGAGCAUGAAGUCCUCUUUCAAGUUAGGCACACGUGUGGAGGUGGUGGACCCCAAACACGUGAGCCGAACCUGUGUGGCCGCCAUAGACUCCAUAAUCGGCGGCCGUCUGCGGUUGGUGUACGCAGACCAAAGUGACGCCCCCCCCAAUGUCGUUGCUGAUUUCUGGUGCCACAUGUGGAGUCCCCUCCUGCACCCGAUAGGCUGGUCCAGCAAAGUGGGUCAUGAAAUGAAAUCACCAAGUGCUGCUGGUGGUUUAAGGCUUAACUCGGACCAAACCUUCCUGCUCUUUAAAAAGCCCAGGAUCGUCUACAUGGAGGGAAGUUUCUUUGAAGAAGGAAUGAAGAUGGAGGCCAUUGAUCCUCUUAAUCUGGGAAACAUCUGUGUGACCACUGUGCACAAGGUGCUGUUAGAUGGUUUCCUGAUGGUUGGUAUUGAUGGCGCCUUUUCUGACAACAGCUCUGACUGGUUUUGUUACCACGCGUCCUCUCAUGCUAUCAUGCCUGUAGACUUCUGUAAUAAGAACAAUAUCCAUCUGACCGUGCCUCAAGGUUACGACUCUCAGACAUUCACCUGGAAAAAAUACCUGAAAGAGACCAACGCCAAAGCUGCACCGGCACGACUGUUUAAUGCCGACUAUACAGGUCACGGUUUCCGUGCCAACAUGAAGCUGGAGGCAGUGGACCUGAUGGAGCCACGCCUGCUGUGUGUGGCCACCGUGAAGCACUGUGUGGGUCGCCUGCUGCUCAUACAUUUUGACGGUUGGGAGGAUGAAUUCGACCAGUGGGUCGACCACCAGUCCCCAGAUAUCUAUCCCGUGGGCUGGUGUGCGCUCAUGGGCUACCAGCUUCAGCCGCCUCCUGGACACGUCGAUUUAAUCACAAACGAGGUGGUACGGAACAAGAAAACCAAGCACUUUUAUUACGGGAAGAAGAGAAAGAGGAUUGGAAGAAAGAGGCUCUCUGAUGAAUAUGCUGAAGAUGAUGUUGCUCAGGAGCCUGAGGUCGGCGGCAGUAAGAGUCCUCCGGGGCAGUUAGAACUCAGUCUUCCCCCCGAAAUGCCUCUCAUCCAACCCAAGACCGAGCCAGAGGAGCAGGAGAUCUUUCCAGUGCUUGUGAAAGUGGAGGAGGUGGAAAUGGAGAUAGCUACUGAUCCUCCGGGCAAAACUCGACAAGUCUGUCAGGGCAUUGUCAAACAGGAGGAGGGAAGGGAACCAAGUACGUCAGGACAACAUGACAAGUCUGCAAAGAACAGCUUGGAAAACAAAGCACAUGAAAUGACAGAGAAAAAUAAAGCUGCAAAAGAUGGACUUGAAGAGGCGAGAUCAACAGACGUGAGCUUCACUGGUGAUAGAGAAAGACAAAUACUAGACCAAGAGGAGCGGAGCCAAGAAAACGACCGACCCAUGGAGGAAGUAUUGGAGAGCAGCACAGAGCGGUUGAGACUUGAGGAAUGGAGAGAUGAGGAGUUUGUAGAAAAGAUGGAGACACAAAGACGACCCUAGUGAUGGAGUAAAAUGAAGACCACGUGGCAGUGAAAAGACCAAGAGGAGACCAGGGCGAUAAAACAACUUCAAUUUUUAUCUCAAUAUAACAAAGUCCAAUAAAUAACGCUAUCAGGCUUAUGCAUUGUGGAAACAGUGUGGAGGUAGAACACACUAUUGAUCUACCUCAGAUAGACUAAAAGUUUUUGCUGUUUAUCAAGUUUUUGCCCAAAGAGUUUAAAAACAACAUUUUUAAUCGGCGGAUAAAAGCAUCACUCUGUAAACUUGAAUGAAAUAAUUGGGACAUUAUGAUAUUGUGAUAAUUAUAUUGACUGAUGUGAUAAAAAUAUUCUUGAUUAAGUUUUUGGCCAUAUCGCCCGACCCUAGAGGAAACAGACUGAGAUGUUUACAGAGCAAAAUGUAGUAAGUAGCUGAGCUCGUGGUUAGUGGUGAGAUCUUUGUCCUAGUUGAUCUGGUGACCCCUACUGGUGGUCACCACUACUACAGGUCCCAGAAUUCCCGGGGGCAACAGCUGCUGCUUUAUCAGAGAUAGAACUAGAGCAACAGGUCAGUUUACUGCACAACCGUACAAACCCACGCUGAUUUUUAUAAAAUGAUUCAAUGGAUAAUGAUUGCAACCAAUAUCACAUUUAAACAGUGGACCAUAUACCUCAAAAUGACUGCAUCCUGUAUAUAAGAACCAUCCUAAUCAGUUUGAAUCCACCUUGUGUUCUCCAUGUUGGUUCCACUAAACACAGAUGACAUGUGUUUCUCAUGAUUUGAUGAAUUAUGACAAAAAUCUUUAUUUCAUCGUUUUGGGUUGUAAAACGUAUUUGUAUUGCCUUAUUUUUUCUGUUUGUAAAUAUGAAAUGUAUGAUUUAAAAAAAAAAAUGCUACCCCAUUUAAUGA